UAGUUACGGAGUGAAUUAUAACUUCGCAAAAGUGUGAUGAAGCUAGGGUAAAGAUGGCGUCUAUAAAAGUAUUGUGCAUAGUAUUUAUUCUGGCAUUGGUUGGAGAAAUACGCGCAAAUGUUGACUCAGACCUACCGGCGGCACCAAAGCAAUUAGCAACGCACCAAAUAUUGCCGCCUUCACUUCUAUACCUACUUCACGCACAACCGAUUAGAUGGCCGCGACCACCAACGCCGCCGGUAGCACCAAGCCUUCCAGUACCACCAACGCCACCAGUGGCCCCAAGCCUCCCCGUGCCACCAACGGCACCAGUGGCCCCAAGCCUCCCCUUUCCACCAACGGCACCAGUGGCCCCAAGCCUCCCCGUACCACCGACGGCACCAGUAGCCCCAAGUCUCCCCGUACCAUCAGCACUACCAACUGCACCAAAUACAGCGAAUCCAUUGCCGCCGUCUAUUUUAUACUUACUUAGUCAACCAAUCAGACAUCCAAAUUUUCAACCGACUAAUCCAGGAAAUCAAGUAAAACUUCCAUAUAGUGAUUUAUACCCCUCCUCUGCAUCUGCGCCUGUAACUCCACCUGUAUCUGUACCAGAGAAGCCAAGAAAUCAUCAUUAUACUGGGCAGCUUUCAUAUGCACCCUCAAGCGGUAACCGGAGAAUUCUGAAUGUUGUGCAUAUUCCAUUAAGACCAGCAGCUUCAAAUACUUUGCUAGUACCUGCAAGCAGUAAUGAAAAUAAACCUGAAAAUACUCCUGAAGGCCCAGCCCCAUUGUCAUCUAAAGUUUCAACUACUUCACAACCAGAAGAUUUAUCACCAGUCCCGAAUAACCCAAUAGGAGUAUCGGCAAUACCUGCUAAACCCGAUUCAGCCGAAAAUGAUAACACAAUUUCAAUUAAUCCUAAGGACUUAGCAAAUGAGCCAGUUGAUAAUAUAGAAGCUUCGCCAAUUCCAGUAAGGCCAAAUGAUAAAACUACUGAAGAUUUUAAGAACAUUGACAAGUUGGAGGAAUUAUCACCGACACCGAGUCAAACUAAAGAAGAAUCUCAAAUACCCAGUAGACCAAAUGAUACAAAAGAUACUACAGCAGAAAACACUUCAGAAGAUUACAUAAAUACAAGUGACUCUCAAGAUACUAACUCAGCAUCACCAAUAAAUGCUAACCAAUACGAUACUGAAUGCAGCAAUACUGAGCCUAGUCAAGGAGAAACAAACCCUGGUGUAUCUGAUGAAAAUAUCUCACAAAAUGCUAACACCGAUAAUACGACAACGGAGAAACCGCAAGAUAAAUCUACAGAGGACUCGCAUGAAACAAGUGAAGAGCCUCAAAAUCCAUUUUCAGAUUUAAUUUUGAACGGUACUUCGCCUAAUGACAAGGACAACGAAAAACCCGAGGAAGUCAAAGAAAAUCCAAUGAAGGAUGUAAUUCUCAAUGGUACAUCAUCUGAUGAUAAUGAGAACUGUAACGUUGAAAAACCUGAAGGUAAUCCACUAAAAGAUGUCAUUCUUAAUGGUACAUCAUCUGAUGAUAACGAGAACUGUAACGUUGAAAAACCUGAAGGUAAUCCACUAAAAGAUGUCAUUCUUAAUGGUACAUUAUCUCAUGAUAAUGAGAACUGUAACGUUGAAAAACCUGAAGAUAAUCCACUAAAAGAUGUCAUUCUUAAUGGUACAUCAUCUGAUGAUAAUGAGAACUGUAACGUUGAAAAACCUGAAGAUAAUCCACUAAAAGAUGUCAUUCUUAAUGGUACAUCAUCUGAUGAUAACGAGAACUGUAACGUUGAAAAACCUGAAGGUAAUCCACUAAAAGAUGUCAUUCUUAAUGGUAAGGUUCAAAGAGGAACAUAG